AGUUGUCUGUUAAUUUUGGCCCGGGGUGAAUUGGUGUCUAUCGCGCUUUUCAAUUUUUCGUGUUUUGAUAAAAAUAAUAUUUUUCAAAUUUCUUUGAUAAUGACCCUACCAUAAUGUGACAUCGAUUCUAAUGCAGAUUUUGGGAAAACUUUUUAUAUUUUCGUAACAGGUAGAAAGAUGAUUUUUUAUUCAGAAAAGUGUAUAUACAUGCAGGAAGAUAAUCGAUUUGUCAACGCGAGUUUAGAUUACAAUUUCGGUGCACUAAUUGACCUAAGGUGCGUUCAACCAUCACUUCAUAAAUGUACCAUGUUUGGUGUCGUUGGAAGCGGCUUUUUCUGAUUUAAAUUGUGGUUAAAUUUGUUUUGAUGUGUGACUUUUAAGUGGAAAGCAAAUUGUAAACAAUUAAAAUAGUGGAUUAUAUCACGUUAAUAAUUGAAGAAAAACUCGAUGACUUGGAACCUACCUACUGUAUUUCAUAAAGGUUUCUUUUGGGAAUGGGGUUAUCGUACAUGCCGAUUAUCAACAUCUUUUGAUAAUAAUAAUUAGCAACAGUAGUAGGGGGCAUGAAUUUGACUGAAUAGCCUAGCAUUCACACAAUUAUUUUUUCGUUUGAUUGACUGCUAAUCUACAUAAAUACUGUGAUUUCAGAUGCGUGGACUCUAUUUUUAUAAUAAUAAUUUGAAUAAUUCGUGCAAAAGGUGAUAGUUCCUUUUUAGACUUUUAUUGGAAACAUGGAUGUCGAUGAAACUGUUGUAGAUUUGAGUAUUAGCAACAGAUCAUCAACUCCUCCUCCAGUUCCUACGAUCUACAACCCACUAAGUUUAACAAACAAUAUCCCAAGUUCCAUUAUUCAGCAGACGUUACCUCUUAUCAACACUAGAAGGGUAUUGAGACCUCGGACAGAGCCCCGGUCGUACGUGGAAAGUCCUGACGCCCUGAUUAAUGGUUUACUUGAAAAGCCCAGAACUAACGGAAAUUUAGAAUACAGCAGUGAUUCUAGUGAAGGAGAAAUGCCGCCUUUAGCACCCGUAAAGGAGUACAGCCCCGGAGAACUUAAGCAAAGGGAACGGGGCUUAAGAAGACUGCGUGAAGAGUUACGAGCAGAAGAAAUGAAACUGGUGCUUUUGAAAAAGCUCAAACAAUCUCAGCAACACAAAGAAAAUGUCGCUGUUUUGCCGCCAAAUAUACCCGCUUCGGCUUUGCCACCUACUGGUCUACCAAGUGGUUUAAGUAUCACACCGACGACUGUAAAAGUUCCACCUAAAGCUCAACAGUCGCCACAGAUGGCACAUUCGAGACCUAUUUCAAACAUGUCUCAUAAAGCGGUUAAUAUGUCUGGUAAUGGAAGUGGAACUCCGCAGAAUAUGAUGCGACUGCAACAACCUAAUCCUCCACGUGCCAGUAUUCAUGGACCUCCUUUAAGUGCGUCACCAAUAAACAAUAGAACCAACUUAUCAGUUCCUCAACCUCCCCAGAGGUCUUCUAUGGGAAGGCCACCAAGUGGCUUUCCUCCAGGAGUUAAGGAUUUAUCACCAUCUGUUACUAUUACUCCAGCACCAAUGCAAUCUAAGGAGAGGACAAGAGAAGAUAAUCAAACUCCCGCUCAAAGACAAGCUGCUGCCAAAUUAGCUCUUAGAAAGCAGUUAGAAAAAACCUUACUGCAGAUACCUCCACCAAAACCACCACCUCCCGAGAUGCACUUCAUACCCAAUCCGAGCAACACUGAAUUUAUUUAUCUUGUAGGGUUAGAACAUGUUGUUGAUUUCCUCACCAAGGAAACGAAAAUACCGCUUCCUCCACAGACUUUUGCCUGUAGUCAGUGUCAAUCAGAUUUUACUCCUGUCUGGAAAUGGGAAUCGAGUAAAAAGAAUAAAGGAUCUAAAUCAGUCAUCUGUGAGCAAUGUGUGACAAAUAACGUGAAGAAAGCACUAAAGGCUGAGCACACCAACCGGUUGAAGACAGCUUUUGUCAAAGCUUUACAACAGGAGCAAGAGAUAGAGCAGAGACUUGCCCAAAAUGGAGUGUUUACGUCCAGCAGUCCGGCUCCAUCGCCAGUAACUCCAGAAGCUUUACCGAAAGCUGUUACUCCGACUCCUGCUCCCCGACAUGCCCCUACGCCUCCAGCACCUGCUCCUCCCCCACCUCAACCUACUCCUCCUCCUCCAAGGAAUUCGCACCCACCCAGUCAUUCUUCCGCAUCUUCGGCCGCACAAGAUAAAUACACACAACAGCAGAAUGCAGCAGCUAUGCAGGCAUUGCAUCAGCAAAUCUUGAGAAGUUUAUCUGCUGGUGCUCCUCCCGCCGCGGCCGCACAUAUGCUCCAAUUUUCUCCGCUGUUCUAUCCUUACCAACUGGCAAUGGCUCAAGCAGCUGCUAGUGGCAAAAAUAGCGGUGGCGGCAAUUUGGCCGAGAUCCAACGAGCUGCAGAUUUACACCGUCAGUACCUUCUUGACAUGAUCCCACCUCCAACCCAGCCGCAACAACGCCACAACUGGAAAACAUGAUGCGAGAGAAAUUGGGAGUAAAAUAUAAACAUUUCUAUAAUUGUGAGAACCUGUAAAUUAGUCGUAAAAUGUGAAUUUUUAACAUGUACUGGUGGUUUCAGCUCUAUCCGUUUAAUUAUGACAUUUUUUGGAUCUUUAUGACUUGCACUCUAUGACCCAAAUUUUUUCUGUUCUUAGCAUAGCUCUGUUUUUCUCUUUUUCUGAAGACGAUGGUAAUUUUGAUCUUUCUCCUUUAGUAUUUACCUUAUCUUCCUCAUUAUUUUCUUAUUCCUUCUGGUCUUUGUAAAAAUUCUCGCAACUAUAUUUCCCCAGGUUUUACUGUCUUCUGCUUUCUUCUAGUCUUAGAACAAACAAGAACCAGAAUAAAACUGAGUUUUGGUUGAAGAAUAUCGCUUAUCGAAGACCAGAAAGAAUAAGAACCUAUUAGAAUUGUUUUUGCAUAAUUGCGUUACGUCAAAAUAAUUCAAUGGUUUUUAUUAUCACUAUCAAAGAACGAAUCACUAUCAUUUUCAAUAUUACAGUAACUCAAGUUUAUAAUUAGUGGAUUUACGUCACUUUCAAAGUCAACGUCCAGCUCUCUUCCUAAAUAAUGAACUCAUUUCGAAUCACAUCCGAAUAUUGAUUUUUUUUCAUCCACAGUAUUGUGAUGAAUAAAUAUUUAGUAAAUGUUUAUAAUAUAAAUGUUUAUUAAAAUGGAAGACAUUUUUUUAUUUGUCAUUGCUGCUUUAUUGAAACAUAGUUUUUAAUCGUUAAACUCACUUCAAAAAACGAACCUGCAGUAUGCGACAAUAUUAAUAUCUGCUAUAACAUAAACUUAUUAGUUACUAAACAUAUACUAAAGCUCAUGUGAAGAGAAGGAAGGAUUAUCAACUCACCUCUUAUUUGAGAUGUUUUAUCUUUAGCAGCCUUCAAUAUAUUCACCUUACAUUUUAAAUUCUUGGGACAAUUAUAAACAUUAACACUGUUUCACGUGAUUAACUGGUUUAUAAGCGUUUCUACUUCUCUGCGUGGAAGAGAUUUAUAGAAACAUUGUCUAAUAUAUACAAAUUAAACACUUUUAUAAUAUUAGCAGAUAGUCUCAGAUACGUCAAUAAAUGAAUGUCCAACUUAACCCUCCAUCACUCGCACCUCAAAAAAUUACGCCAGCACUCGCCUGUUAGAUUUUAUCUAACAUAUGGGUAUAGGUCAAAUAAAUGUGUCAUUAGUACUUAUUGUUUAAGUUUAUUGGCUAUUAACUCACAAAAAACGAUAAACUUAUAUUUUUUUAAAAUAAAACUGCAAAAAACUACUAGGUAAACUAAAAAUAAUAUACGCAUUACGCAUAAAAUUAGAUUUCUUCCUCUUCUAGGUAGUGGUGGCAAGUAAAAGGUUGUGUGAGGUUGUAAUCAGUAACAAUCUCUGGCUUCAUGGUAUGCUCUUUGGUGCGAGUGAUGGAGGGUUAAGGCUCGCUUGGGUCAUUUGAAUCUGCAUUGGUAUUUUCGUUGCAUCUAAUUGUUGAUCUGCAUCGGUACAGGUGCCGACUCAGACCAAUCUACAGAGCCCGAGGAUACACGAAGUCUAUAAAACAGCAUACAUAUUCGACAAACAUAGUUAGGGGGAGUGCUGCCGCAUCGCCGUUGAUAGUCUGCACCAUGAUACUAUGAACUAAAGAUAAACCCAAGCGCAUGCGAUCAGUCUAUCUCUUUUGCACGUGUGACGUCACUUGGCGACAAAUAUCACCAGAAAUGUUCUGUUUUGCAUGGAGUUUUGUCAGAUUUAGUUUUGUUUUAUCGUUUAUCUAGUACGUUGACAAAUAAAUGUGUGCACUUUAUAUAAAAUAUAUUUCAGAAUAUUAAAUUAAAGAUAAACUUUUAUCGCCAAGUGAUGUCAUGCGCAUCGACGUGCAAAAUUCGAUUGCGAAGUGGUUUUAUCUUGGAAGUCAUAGUAUCAUGGUCUGCCCGAUACAUCAGGAACAAAUAAUCCUAGGUCAUGACUUCUGUCUUAUAAGUUGAAAAACAAUGUAUCGUUAGAAAACUUCUACCGCAAACGCCCACUUCUACAACUAUUUAUGCCAUUCUACAAAGUUGUCUCAGAUGUUAACAUUUUUAUGUUACUUAUGAUAUUUUCUAGACUACUUGUUUAAUAUAGAUGGAUUAAAUGUCGUAAUAUGCGGGAUCUGGAACCCCAGUACAAGUGUAACGGAAUUAAGUCCUCAAUACAAUAAAAUAAACGUUUCUACAUUUGUGAGUGG